CCGGCGCCCUUCAUCGCAACUCCAACAACCAUGGAGACGGACUCCAAGAUCACACGUAGGCCCGGCCGUGCAGGCGAUGCCGCCGAUGAUGAACGAUUGAGAGCUCUUGGUUUCGAGCCUGAGUUGGAGCGUAACUUUUCAUUCCUGUCGAUGAUCGGUUUCGCAUUUGCAAUUCUCAACUCAUGGACCGCAUUGGCCGCUUCUCUGAACAUCGCGCUCCCAUCCGGUGGACCCGUAGCCAUUAUCUGGGGUUUGCUUGUUGCUGGUGUCUGCAAUUUGGCCCUCAGCGCAAGUCUUGCCGAAAUCUGUUCCGUCUAUCCAACAUCUGGUGGAGUCUACCACUUUACAGCAAUGCUGAGUACUCCGCGCUUGUCACCCGUACUCAGUUGGAUCUGCGGUUGGAUCAAUACCGCUGGCUGGUGGGCGCUGACUGCAACCGGAGGUGCACUUGGUGGACAGCUCAUUACUGGAGUUAUCGCCCUGCUUCAUCCGAACUAUACCGUUCAACGUUGGCACAUCUUCCUCAUCUACGUCGCAUAUGUGAUCGGUGCAUUCUUCAUCAACGCUUUCUUCGUAAGACUUUUGCCCACUAUCAACAAGGCUGCUCUGUUGUGGUCGAUCAGCGGUGUUGUUAUCAUCACGGUCACGGUCCUGGCUACAGCAUCACCAAACUACCAAUCUGGCGACUUCGUCUUCGGAACAUACAUCAACGAAACCGGCUGGAACAACGGCGUCGCCUGGAUCCUCGGUCUUUUACAGGCAGGCCUUGGUUUAACCGGCUACGAUGCAGUCAGUCACAUGGUAGAAGAGAUUCAUGAUCCCUCUCGCAAUGCACCAAAAGCGAUGGUUCUAGCGGUUGUCAUUGGAUUAGUCACUGGUUUGAUGUUUUUGAUCGCAUUGCUCUUUGCGCUGACGGAUGUCGACGCUGUCAUUUCUGGCACUGCUGGGCCUUUGCUCUCCAUUUUUUACCAAGCUACUAACAACAAAGCUGGCGCCAUCUGCCUUGACAUGUUUCCGAUUGUUUGUAUGGCCUUCGCGACAACGGGUAUCUUGACCACUUCGUCAAGAAUGACCUACGCCUUUGCCAGAGACGGCGGGCUGCCUUUCUCACGCUUCUUCAGCCGUGUCCAGAAAAAGCAUGACGUCCCCAUGAACGCCUUGAUCCUCUCAACGAUCAUCGUUAUCAUUUUCGGCUGCAUUUACCUUGGGAGUUCGAGUGCUUUGAACGCCAUCCUUUCCGCUUCCGUCGUUGCACUCGGCGUCAGCUACGGCAUCCCUGUGGCCAUCCUCGUCAUACGAGGAAGACAUAUUUUGCAAGCUGAUAGGUCGUUUAAGCUUGGAUCUGUCCUUGGGUAUACUGCCAACUUGAUUGGGUUGGCUUGGGUGAUCUUGACGACAAUUUUCUUCCUCUUCCCCCCCGACACUCCCGUCACAGCGGAGAACAUGAAUUACACUAUUGCAGCGUUCGCUGUUGUGUUCAUUGCUGCCGCCAUCACCUGGGUCGUCAAAGGUCGGAAGCACUACAAGGGACCGCAGCUCAAGCACAUCCACGGGACUGAGGUGGAAGGCGUGGAGAUGGAUGUGCAACGCGUAAGCACCAAAGGAAGUCCAAAGCGUACGAAAGCUUGAGUAUGUUCGCAGGAAGGUAAUAUUGCAUAGCUAUAAGUUAUUGGGAGACGAGAGAAAAAAAAAAAGACAGAAUCAUGCGCCAUGGAAAAACAUACCCAACUCCAGACUGACAAAAGGAAAAGGAAAACAAGUAAUCGUCUUCGAGCAGUAGCAGGCUACCUGCCCAUGGUCUUGUCCCAGGUCUCCCGGGUCCAGGUGCUGAUACGAGCGUAGGCUGCUCCAGGGGUAUCCAACGCAGGGCGAACAUCAAGGUAGAAGACCGGCUCACCCGUAGGCUCAUCGGGACCCUGGUAGUAGUCGAUAACGUAUCUCACUUCUUUUUCACCGCGCCUAACAAACCAAUCGUGUCUGUCGAACGGCGGCUCCAUUCCGUACUUGGCCGGGUUCACC